AGCCGCAGGAGAGUCUGCUUCAUCGGGACUUACGUAACUGAGCUGAGAGGAGAGACCAGCAGCAGAGAGAGGGAGAGAGAGAAGCUGCUGUUGAAUCAGAACCGCAGGUGAAGUGUUAUUCUAUCCCGUCAUCAUGAUCGGCGAAGACAACGUCUCCUGUCCCUAGUGAGGACGUCAACAUGAACGAGGGCCACAGGCAAGGCGGAGGGGCCAUCACCAUGGAGGCCGACGUCAUCCUCCACGUCGCAAACCCCGACCUCAUCAAGCCCGCCAACAGAGAUGGGAGUUUAUGUCCGGGGUACGUCCAGGCAUUCCUGCCGGAGGACAAGGACUUGAGCCCUACUCCGGUGUUUGAGAAGGAGUACCUGUUGGAUGGGAGGCUGAUGGAGAAUAAUCACAUCGAUCAUCAGAAAGGCAACGGCUCAUACGACUCCAGAGCUGAUCAGUACCACCUCUCUAAUGUUAAGGGGGCUCUGGAUCUCCCUCUUCAUACUGACUCUGUGUCCAAUCAUGUUUCUGACACGCUGCAAAACUGUACAAGCAAUGAAAUGUACAACGGCGCCAGAGCCAAAGUAUGCUUGUCUAGUGGAGGCCAAGAGGAAACUGAUCGCUCAGGGCUAAAAUCAAACCUGGAACAGCCAGCUGAAAAUACAUCAGCGAAAGAAAAGCCUGAUCUAGUCAUCGAAGUUGGCGGGCAAACAAUCAGUGCUCACAAAUCUGUCCUUGCAGAGAAGAGCGACUACUUUAAGGCGCGGCUGUCACGAGACAUCCUCAAGGUAAAGGGAAUGAGCUACAAGACAUUGUCUACGUUGAUUGACUACAUUUACACCUCCAAGGUGAAUGUGAGCAAGGACAAUGUCGUCGAGGUCAUCACAGGCGCUAAAAUCCUCCAGAUCCCCUGCGCCGUCCAGGCCGCCAUGGACUCCAUGUCGGAACAAAUCACUGCAGAGAACUGCUACGAGAUUCUUACCAUCGCCAAAAAGCAGCGGCUGAACGAGCUGAAGGAGACGGCCUAUGGCUACAUGAGCGACAAUUUCCUCAAGGUCCUCAAAGACCCCGCCGUGUACGGGCGUCUGACCGGAUCGGAGCGGGACCUGAUCCUUAGGAAGAGAAUGGAAGGGAGGAAGACGCUGAUGAUCGCAGAGAUAAACGAUGUGUUUGAUCGAGUCGGGAGCAGGCCGCAGAGUCGCUGCGGCAGCCGGCCACAGAGCCCCUUGUCGGAGGGGUCUUUAGAAGAUAACCAUAUGAUUUACUUCUUUAACGAAACGGCGAAUGACUGGAGACCUUUGACGGCGAUGCCUGAGGACUUAAACACUAAAGGGUGCGGGAUGUGCACCUUGUACAACUACCUGUUUGUGGCAGGGGGGAUCAAGGGCAACGGUGACAAAGGCAAAGUGUCGGACAAAGUCUUCUGUUACAACCCCAUAACCAACCGCUGGGCUGAGGUCAGACCUCUGAACCAGGCUCGAGCCCAGCUCAAGCUCGUGUCCAUGGACGGCCAUUUGUACGCCAUCGGAGGGGAAUGUUUGUUUACAGUGGAAAAAUACGACCCUCGCAUGGACCGCUGGACUACCGUGGCGCCUUUGCCCAAGGGAGCCUUUGCCGUGGCCCACGAAGCCACCACCUGCAGCGGAGAACUCUACGUCUCAGGGGGCUCCCUCUUCUACCGCCUCGUCAAGUACGACCCCAAGAGGGACGAGUGGCAGGAGUGCCCCUUCAACAACAGCAGGAAGAAGUCCACAGACAUGGUGGCGUUCAAGAGCUUCAUCUACCGCUUCGACGUCAACCGUGAGCAGGGCAUCACCGUCUUCAAGUACAACACCAUAGUGAAAAUGUGGCACGACUUGGCAUCGCACAGGCCCGGGAGCCACUUACCGUUCAGGUGCGCCGUCAUCGGGAACUGCAUCUACUGCGUGAACAAAUCCCAGACGCUUCAGUUCGUAGUGGAGGAGGAGGGCGGCUACUUUGUGGAGGAGGCGCUGAGGGCACCUCUGGAGGCGAAGGGCGUUCUUUUUCCUUUUGUGCUCUCGUUGCCUGAAAAGCCUGAAAAAGUGACAUAGUGUGUGCGUGUGUCAUCCAGAAUAAAACAUUAUACCUGGCUAAACUAGAAUAAGCAGAAGACAUUAUACACACUCUUCAGUGUCAGCUUCUGUCCUUGUGUCUCGAUGGCUGCUUUGCAAUGGAAUGUGUGUGUUUGCAUGGCAAUUUAACAGGUUUGCGCCUUAAAAGGAAACAUUUUAUUUGUCAGUGUUGAAUGACUGAAUGAAACCAUAUUUGUAUCUGACUGUAAAUAAUGACAUCAUGAAAGUGACUGUAGAUUUUUUCGUGUAUCUCCUGUGUUCAGUUUGGUUUUGGUGCAAUGUAGAAUAGACUUGGAACAUAUUAACUAGUUUACUGGUGACUUUGGUAUCAAAAAGUUGUUUUGCUGGAGAUUCUAUUGUUAUAAAAAAACGAUGGAAGCAGUAAUAGUGCGCUUUAUGAAUGAUGUAAGGCAGGUUCUAUGCAAAUGAAACAGAAUAUCUGGAGGGUCUGCUGUUCAUGGUUACUAAGAGCGGAUUUGACUGGAACAAGUACGAUGUUUUGCCUUUUAUUCAUCCUGUGAAAU